AUGGAUCUACAAGAAAUUAAAAUUCUUGUUGCUAUAGAUUUCGGAACGACUUAUUCGAGUUUCGCCUAUGUGUCUAAAGAAAAUCCGGAAAAUAUCAUAAUAAACUCUAGUUGGCCAGGACGUGAGGGUUGUUAUAAAACUCCUACAGUACUUAAAUAUAAUGAAUCUUAUACUCAAGUUAUAAGUUGGGGUAACUCGGCGUUACCUGAUUAUAUGGUUGAUAAUUCAGAAGAGCGUUCUCAUCCAAUUAAAUUGUUUAAAUUACAUCUACUUAAUUUAAGAAAAAAGGAACUACCUUGGAUGCCUCCACAAUUAAAUUACAAGAAAGCAAUCGAAGAUUAUUUAACUCAAAUGCAGAUAUUGAUUAAAAGUACACUAGAAAGAAAGUGGCCGGCAAUUAGUUUUCCGCAGCAAGUUGGUUUGAUUCUAACCAUUCCUUCUGAAUCGCCCCAUUAUAUGAAAGCCAUGCGCGAAUGUGUAUAUAAUGCUGGUUUCUUAACUACAUUAAAUUCUGCCAACCUCGAAUUUAUUACUGAACAGGAAGCAGUUGUUUUACAUUGUCUAAGUGUUGUUAAAGAUCAUAAUCUUCAUUCUGGAGAUUCUUUCCUAGUUGCGGAUUGUGGUGAUGACACAGUCGAUAUUAUAUUACGAAAAUUUCCUCAAAACAACAAAUUAGAUGAGAUUACUAAACGUGUAGGCAAUCCAUGUGGUAGCAAGUCUGUAGAUAAGGAGUUUUUACACUUUAUUGGACGUAAAGUUGGAUUUGGAGCAUUAGGAAAAUUAAAAAAAUAUGAAUAUGGACAAUUACAGCAUUUGGUUCAACAAUUUUUUUGUUCUCGGAUUAAAUUUAAAUUUAACGAGGAUCCUAAAAAGUUUAGGACAUUAAAGCUUAAGUUACAACAAUAUUGUCCUAGUUUAAUGCAAUAUGUUUCGGGAGGAAAUAAAGAACAAAUGGAAGAAGCAGGUUGGAUUGUGAAACUCGACUUUGAAUCAGUGAAAGUGAUGUUUGAUCCAGUUGUAGAUAGAGUCAUAAAAUUGAUUGAUGAUCAAUUAAAUGAUGCUAAGAAACGAUGCCGUGCAAUAUUUUUAGUAGGUGAAUUUAGUGAAUCACCUUAUCUUUUGAGUAGAGUAAGAGAAGCCUUUAUAGAUCAAGUUCCGAUUAUUUCCGUGCCGGAAUUUCCAACAGUAGCAGUUGUUAGAGGUGCUAUAACAUAUGGAUUAAACGUUAAACCUAUUCACGACUUGUCAGAUGAGGCUACUUCUGUUCAUCGUAUUUAUGGUAUGAGCGCGUUAAGAGAGUUUAAUAUUAGUGAUGGUUGUCGUAGAAGAGUUGUGGAAAAUUGGAAAAUUGCGAAUUGA